AACAACAUUGCAGCUGCGUCGCUAGCGAAAAAAAUAUGUGUUAACUGCGCGCACAAACAAUUAAAAGAAAUAGCUUUUAUACCAAAUAAAAUAGUUAAAAACUCAUUUGGAAGGAGUGGAUUAAAGCCUUGUAGUAUUAAUAAUGAAUAUAUACAACAAAUUACGCAGCAGAGAGCAUGGACUUGCGAAUGAUCGAACCUAUGACUUUGCACUGAGCCGCCUCUGCGUAUCCAAGGAGGACAGCUGGCGUGGCAUUGCUCCAGCCAAUUACAGUCCGGAUUUCAACCCGGAGCCGCCAAUAUUCUCCGCCAAGUUUGCCAACUGUGACGGCUAUAGACACAUCUUGGCCAUAGCCAAUGAGGAUGGCAAGAUUGCGCUGCAGGACACGACACAGGGCAACCAGGAGCCGGAGGAGCAGUCUCUGAGUGCGCCACAGUGUCAUUUUAAUGCUGUCUUCGAUCUGGAAUGGGCGCCAGGACAGAUGCGUUUUGUGUCCGCUUCGGGGGAUCAUACCGCUCGUCUCUGGGAGGUGGCUGGCUCGGGAAUCCGUGGUCUCAACUCCUACGUCGGACACACACGCUCCGUGAAAACAGCUGCAUUUAAGCGAACGGAUCCGGCUGUAUUUGCCACUGGUGGUCGAGAUGGUGCCAUACUCAUCUGGGAUAUACGUGCUAAUCUUAAUAUGGAUCUAACGUCACGUGUGGACAAUUGCAUCUACAGUGGUCACACUGGUGGACCGGGUACGCCUCAAUCCCAGCGUAAACAACGCACCCGUACGCCCAAAACAUCGAGCAGCAGCAACACAUCCAGCAGCAUCACAGGAUUGGCUUUCCAGGACAAUGAUACGCUCAUCUCUUGUGGCGCCGGCGAUGGCGUUAUUAAAGUCUGGGAUCUGAGGCGGAAUUAUAGCACAUACAAGAAGGAGCCGCUGCCACGUCAUAGUUUGCCAUAUGCCGGACACUCGACCUUCAAGGGCUUCACCAAUCUCAUUGUGGAUGCGGCGGGAACACGUUUGUAUGCCAAUUGCAUGGACAACACCAUCUAUUGCUACAAUCUGGUCUCGUAUUCACCCAAGCCACUGGCCAGCUAUAAGGGAUUACUCAAUUCCACGUUCUAUAUCAAGAGCUGCCUCAGUCCGGAUGGCAAGUAUCUGCUGAGUGGAAGCAGUGAUGAGCGUGCUUAUAUUUGGAAUCUGGAGCAUGCGGCUGAGCCGCUGGUGGCACUAUCCGGUCACACUGUGGAGGUAACAUGCGUGGCUUGGGGCGCCACCCAUGAUCGUCCCAUUGUCACGUGCAGCGAUGAUGCCCGGCACAAGAUCUGGCGCAUUGGACCCACACCGGAGUCACUGACCUCCACGGAGUUGGCGGGGCAGUAUCGUGGCCAGGCGAGCUAUGUGCGUCAGUUUGUGAAGCAGCCAAAGAACGCCACACAACACAAAUACAAUCUGCGAGAUCUAGAGUCCACGCCGCGCUCACUGAAGCGUCUGAUGGAUCAGAAUGAGCGUACACCGAGCUCCGUGGAGAAGGUGGCCACAAAGCGUUCCUUUCUGGACAUGCUGGGGGCAGCAAAUAGCGAUGCCAUCAUGGAGCAACCGCUGCAGAAACGUAUUAAGCCAUUGGAGUCCAGAGGACGUCGCUUGUUUGGACCCGCAUGCACAGCCAGUCAGCCGUUGGCGUUGCCCGUCAUCGGAGAGGAGGAGACCACCAUGCCCGGCUGCAAUCAGGAGAACAGCGAGGAGAUAAACCCGUUGCCCAUACCUAAUAAAUGCCAGCAGUCAUCUCCGCUCAGCGAACAUCAUUUGAAUCACAUUCCCUACACCUCGCCACCCACAACAUCCGCUCAAGCGUCGACGACGGCGACGACAGCAGCAACCAACACUACAUCCUCAGCCACAACGCCUCCAGCAAUCUCUUCGCUCAUCUACUCACCCACCUCGAACUUACCCAACUAUGUGCUGGAUGGCGAGGCGCCGCAUUUGGGCAUCAUGUCACCCAAACGCAAGGCCAAGGAGAAGGUGGAUUGGCUGACCAAAAUACGCAAACAGAAGCUCAUGUCCAGCAGUCGAACGCCCGUUACGCUCAGCGAGAAGAUGAACAGCGAGUUGGAGUCUUCGCCACUUGUGGGCAACUCAGAUGUCCUGGCCUCGCCACGCUUGCAGAGUCUGCGCAACUCGGAAUGCAGUCCUCGACUGCAGGCGACGCCCAGGAGACGCAUCUCGCACACAGAUGCAAAUGCUGCACAUCUGCGGACGCCAACCUCAAGCCGGCGGAACAGUGAGACGACGCUGCUCCGUUUCUUUAGCGUGCAACGCAACAAUGGCAGCAACGGAGCUGGCAACGAUGCUGUCGAGGAUUCAGCAGCUGAUCUGGAGCAGCUGAGCGCCAUGUCACCGCCAGCGACCAGGACAUUAACGCUGCUCACACCCACAACAGCCGUUGGGAGCGACUGACGAUGUCGCCUCCUGUCUCCUGCCACCCAUUGUCAUCCCUGUAUCCCAAUCCCUCACUAGCUUCUAACUGGACCCUACUUUAAGUAAUUAAUCUUUAUGUAUUUUUUAAGUAAUCAGUUGAUUUUACCUGUGGGAAAAUACAGCAUCCUAUUUUGUCCACGUCUCUGGUUUAGUUUCUUAAGCACACAUUUGUACAGUUAUAAUACAAAAGACUAAAUAUAAUAACUAUCUAGAAAUAUAUACAUAUAAAUAUUACCUUAAGUUCUCUUCUGACAUGCAUGUGCUUUUUGGCUGGGUCAACCACAAUAACAAUGACAAUAAAAAUUAAAUAUUUUCUUAUGAAACUU